UCUGCAGACACCAUCACUGAGAGACAGAGGAAGUGAGCGAGAGCUUCCCAUUCACAAAAAAAAGGAGAAAGUUCAUUCAUAAAAGCCGCACAGUUCUGAUGUGCCUCAGAAAAAGAGGGGAGCAAAGUUUCAUGUGAAGGUGAAGCAGAAGUGGAAGCCUGGCAACAGACUGAGAAAGUGUGUGUGUGUGUGUGUGUGUGUCAGUGGGACUGCACUCAGCAUGACUGGACUUUAGUCUCCACAGGACAUCCCCACUCCCACACUGCUCACCCAGGUCCAAACCUCAGGCAGGACUUGUACCAGGCAUGCUGAAGCGCACCAAAUACAGCCGUCUGCACAACGAUUCGCUGAGCUCUCUGGAGGAUCGGCCCCAAAGAAUGCUUCCCCUGAAGAGGGACCUUUGCUUAGAAUCUGAUUUUGCAAAGCUGGACCCUGACACACCAGCACACCACAGGUCGUCCACCCUGAGGGAAUUCAUCCCCCGCGUGGCCAACAUCCGAUUGCAAAGUCCUGUUUCGGUGCGGGUCCUGGGGGCACAGACAAAGAGAGCAGGGGAGGGGACCACAGAUGGACAAACUGACCGACGCUUGCCCAGAAAAGAGUGGUGCUCAGGGACUCAUCAAAGAUUUUGGAGCCAGCCUUCCCUCACUGUGCCCCCGUCAGCUGGCCAAAACCAAACUCAUUCGGCUCUGAGCUGCACAAAGAGACCCAUCACUUUGCAUGGGAUGGCCUGCCUGCCCUGGGACCCCAGCUGUCCUCCUCGCUCGCAGCACAGAGAUGCUCAGAGCUGUUUGAAGGCUCCGUCUGCGUGGACAGCAAACAGAGCAGUUCACCAUCACAUCAAGUACAUGGGUAAUGUGGAGGUGACCCAGUCCAUGAGAACCCUUGGCUUUGAUACAAGAAUUCAAGUUACACGAGAGGCAAUCAGCAGACUGUGUGAGAAGAUAUCAACCAAGACAGCAGUGAAAACUAAAAGGUCUGCAUGUAAGGGACUGUCUGCUGUUCUGGGUCAAAUCAAUCUGCAGUUUUCUGGGAGCAGGAUCAUCCUCGCUGUCUCCACAGACAGCGUGACCCUGAUCGCUGCCUCCUCCUUACAGAAGAUUGCUCAUCACCCCAUGCAGGCCAUUUCAUUUGCCUCAGGAGGAGACCCAGACAUGGCAGAUUACAUUGCUUAUGUUGCCAAGGACCUCUUCAAUCAGAGAGCCUGUCACGUUCUGGAGUGUCCCCGGGGUCGGGCCAGUGAGGUUAUCAACAGCAUCGGUCAGGCUUUCGAGACUCGUUUUUGCCAGCUUGUCAGCCACACAUCAGCUCUCCCCUCCAUCAGUGCCAGGUCAGCAGUGAGACUCUGCCACAAGUGGAGCAAAGAGAAGGAGACCACAGUAGACCAAAAAACCAAGGAGGAAGGUGGAGUCAGCGAGCGUCGGGACUACUACAACGUGAACCCAAGGCAGACACCACCUGCUGGUGGAGUAGAGGACCUGUGGCUCACAAGGGACAGCAAACAGGAUGCUGACGCUCAAGGGGUUUGUUCAUCUCAGCCUGUUUCACUGUAUGAGAACUGCUCCAUCCCAGAUGAGAGUACAGCGCCACAAACAGACUCAGUGGUGGAGGUCAGUCCCGAUGUCGGUCCCGAACGGGGCUCUCUUCUCUCUGAGACACAAAUCCAGGACCUGAUCCAGGAGGAAGGCUGGUUCCAUGGCAGGUUAGGAAGAGAACAGGCGGAGUCACUCCUCACCUGCAGCGGAGAUUUCCUGGUCAGAGAGAGCAGUUCUGCCUCUGGUCAGUAUGUCCUCAGUGGUAUGGAGGGAGCCACAGUGCGCCACCUGCUGCUGGUCGAUCCUCAUGGACAGGUGCGGACCCGAGAUCAGGUGUUUCUGAGUAUUGGUCACCUGGUGCGUUUCCACAUGGAGAACCAAAUGCCCAUCGUGUCUGGAAGCAGUGAGCUGAGUCUGAAACAGCCAGUCCUCCAAAGACACUAACACACACAUACAUUGACAGACUGACACUUGCAUAAAUUAGCCCUCAGCAGCACCUCUCAGCAUUUGUUUUUUUAAAGUUGAGGUACAAUAUGUGCAAGCCAGAAAAUUUCUACUCCUUUUAAAGCUUUUAGAUAUGUUAAGUCAUCCACGUCUGAACGCGCGAGACGUCACUUCCCAGAAUAUUUUCUAACACAUUUAUUGUAUAUGUGUAGUGUAUUGUUUGUUUUUUUGUCUAACACUUGUGCACACUGUGCCUCACCCUGUGCUGAGAACAGUCGCUGGCCUGCAGAACAUCCUGUCUCUGUCUCUCAGGCUGAAUUCGCUGGUGUUUACUCAAAGUUUAAGCACAAUCACUGGUGUCGGGAGGAAAUUACCACGAUGUUGGCAGGCUAAAUUUGUCUUGUAUUCAUUCGUUUUGAUUUGUUAUUGUUUUGUGUCCCCAUUUCCCAUGCAUGACUUUUGAAAACAACUUUUCAUCCCUCUUAUUUGUUUCACUCUGAAUGUGGAAUUCAAAUGCUCCUUGUAAUCAGAAUCUACAGAAACACAUCUGGAGUUUAUUCCCAGAUAAGCUGGCAAAUACACAAAUAGUAAUGUCUUUGCUCCUCAUAAAUUGUAAUCAAAUACAUCUUAAGUUCUUUUACAGAAUGAUUACUGCACUUUGUAGUUUCUUUCUUGCUAAACCUCCAAUCACAACAACACAACUUUAUUUCUUCUCACUUUUCUAAACGCAGCUCUCUUCAGCACGAUUCUUCACGUCACAUUACAACAUGACACCUUAUUAUUAAACUAAGAAACCUGAAAACAUUCAGUUGAUGUUGUGUUCUCAGCCUAAUUCUUAGGUACUUUUUACUGGAACUAUCUGGUCAGAAAUCAGCUUGAAAAUACACAGUGAUCAAAAGAGACCUUUUUCAACUUUUCACAGUCAUGUAGAUUUGGACUGGAUCUCUGGAUUUCAUUUCUAUUGAUUUGAUUAAAAAAAAAAUAUAUAUAUAUAUAUAUAUGAUGCACUUUUUCACAAAAGUUCAAAAUAUUAAUCUGUAGCCAGUAAUUACAUUAAUAUUCCAAAGAUGUUAAAAUUCUGGACAGAGCAAUCUGCUGUAUAUGCUUAGAUCAGAAGUAAAAUACAGAACACAUGAAUGUCACUCUGUGUAUCACAAAGGCAUUACACUGUUUAAAGCAGUGUUUAAAACAUUAACAAAAACAAAACAAAAAACCAAACCAAGCAAGCAAGCAAAAAAAACAAAAAAACAAAAACAUUAACAAAAACAAAAGCAAAAUGAGUGUCAUUCCUUUUAGCUAAAAUUGAAUUUUAACCCCACUGGAAAUUGUAAUCAUUUCAGAUAGUAUGAUAAAAAUGUCAAACUGAGAAUUAUAAUUUUCUAAGACUUCAGGUUGCUUGAGUGCCUUUUUUAAUUGUGAUUUUAAAAGUAAUAUAUGACUGGCUAAUUACUUUAACUGAACUUGGUCAUCGGUAAUAAAUUCAUUCA